AAAUAUUUGCAUACAUUAAAAAGUUUACUCUUUGUGCUGUCAAGUUUUUUGGGUUUUGACAAAUGCUUAAUAUUUUGUAUUCCUAAUUAUGGUGUCAUACAGGAUAGUUUCCCCUCCUUCAGGGAUUAUUUUUAACUUCUUUCAGAUUUCACCUCAGCAUUCCUGUUGCUUUUCUCCAAAAUAUAUCUAUAAGCUGAGAAUUUACCACCUCCAUAGCUACCACCCUGGUACAAGUGUGUCUUUUGACUGUUAAAGUAGCCUCUUCACUGGUCUCCUUGCUUUCAGUCUUGUCCCCUACAGUCUAUUGUCAACAGAACAGCCAGAGGCAUCAUUUUGAAAUGAGUCAGACCAUGUGAUUUCUUUGCUAAGAACCUUCCAGUAGCUCCCUUUUCACUCAGAGAAUGGCCAGAGUCCUCAUAACGGCCUGCAGCUUGCUUACUUGACUGUUCUUGAUCAUGACGCUUAUUCCUGCCUCGGGAACUUGGCCCUUGCUGUCCCUCCAUCCUGGGAUACUCUGGCAGAUGUUUAAAUGACUUAUUCCUUUGCUUUCUUCUUUCCUCUGUUGAAAUGUCACCUUCGCAGAGAGGCCCUUCCCCGACCACUUCAUAUUAAAUAGUGCCCUCUUCCUCCUUCCUGUAUGUAUUGUAAUACUCACCCCUGACAUUGCAUGUGUAUGUGUGUGUUUGAGUACUUCCAGUUGAAUGGAAACUCCGUGACAAGGACUAGACCAGUGCCUGGCACAUAGUAGAUUCACAGUAAAUAUUUGUCCAAUGAAUUAAUGUCUUCUGUCAGCAGUGUCUGGCACUCAGGGGUGAACUUUGCAGUGUCUAGUAACCUCACGAAAUUAUUUGCCUCGUUCAGUAAUAAAUAAUUAGGCACCUUUUGUUAAAUUCUGAUAGAGGUAUGAAAGUCUCCCGGUGUAUGAAAACCUCUACCCGUAAGCAAGUCUGGAGCAGGACAAGGCUAGAGGCCAGGAUAGCAGCUCUGCCCUGACUCACCAGUAGAGUCUAGGGAAACCUCGUGGCCUCUCAGCUCCUCCUUGUUGUUAAAUGAUGACACUGUUGGUUGAGGCAUCUGCUCUUGCUUUCAAGGUGGGAAACAGAGGCAUAGGCUUAGUCAUUUACCAGAUAUUUACGAGUCAGGACCUGGCAUAAACUCAAGAUAUACUCAAGAUCCUUGCUGUUCAAGAGAUUACAAUGGAUCAAGUAGAAAACAGUAGAUUCCAGUGUAAUAUUUCUCAAAGAAUAAGAAACAGCAUUCUAAAAUUUGAUCCAGCACAUACAUGCUCAGAUGUAGAUGGGUAUUUAAAAAGCUUCAGCAUAUAAUACCGGCCCUUAAUGUGAUACUCUCUGAUAUUUUCUAUUGUUAUUUACCUACUUAAAUAAAGUGCUGCCUAAUAAAAGAAAAAAUGCUGGUUGCAGCCCCCUAAAUGGUUUUCGUGGCUCACUAAUGGGCCACAGCCUACAGUUUGAAAACAAUUGACAUAGUGGGUAAGAGCCCUGGCUCUGGAGAAGCCGGCCCCUUUGAAUCUUGCCUUUGCCACUUACCAGCCAGGUUAUCCCUGGGUAGGUCACAUAACCUCUCCAAGCCUUGGUUUCCUCAUCCUCAUUAGUAAUACCACCUCCCAGCGUGGUGGCGAAGUGCAUGAGUUGCUGCCUGUAAAGUGCUGUUCACAACACCUGGCCAUUCAUUUGCCGACUGCUGCUGCUGCUGGAGCAAUGGCCGGGGAACAAAGCCUGUCACAGCGAGUUGAAGGGUUGGCUCUGAAGAGUGGUGAGUCAGAAGAGACAUCAGGCAGCCAGCAACUUGGGCCAUGGCCUCUGACCUAGACUUCUCACCUCCGGAGGUGCCCGAGCCCACUUUCCUGGAGAACUUGCUACGGUACGGACUCUUCCUGGGAGCCAUCUUCCAGCUCAUCUGUGUGCUGGCCAUCAUCGUACCCAUUCCCAAGUCCCACGAGGCGGAGGCGGAACCGUCUGAGCCCAGAAGUGCUGAGGUGACGAGGAAGCCCAAGGCUGCUGUUCCUUCUGUGAACAAGAGGCCCAAGAAAGAGACUAAGAAGAAGCGGUAGAAGAGGAGGCCCGAGGAGCCGGGCAGGCAGGGAGAGGGUCUUGGGGACAGCCCUCCUGGGAAUCUACAUCCUGUUCCCCCCCAUCCCAGGCUCGGGAUCUGAGGAGGCUGUGACGCCCUCGGACCACAGAGAUCUAGACAGUCAUGACAGUCCCUAGGCUCCAGCUCGGCAAUCCAUCACUUCCUCUUCCUUCUGCUUCUGUGACGGUUUAGAGUCAAGGGGACUGAAACUGUGAGCAUAGACUGUAUUAGGUUUGUUCAGAAGCCAGUUCAGCUCACAGAGUCACAUUUUCUUAAUUAGUCAUGUGUCCAUCCUUGAGUCGCCCCCUCCUUGUGGGUUUACACUACAUUUUGGCGUCAUUAUCUAAUGCUGACAAGCACACCCUCUCCCAUUAUUUGUGCACUGCAAAUCUCCUGCUAAUCAGUCACUUUUGUUGCUGCUGUGUAAACAGAGCCAGGCCUCACCUGUUUGUUUAGGCCAAGAUGCCAUGGCCAUGCAAUGUUAGUGAUCCCACUGGCUGCGACAGCCAGGCCCAGAAAAUGCCUGGCGUGAGAGCCAGCAGACGGCCAGGCCAGGGUAGGCAGUGCCUGCUUCUGCUCCAUCAGGUGCAGGGUAUUUGGCUGAAGGUGUGCAUAUUUCCUGGGCACAAACUUCCUGAGCCUCUGAAAUGGGAGGCUCAUCAAUUUCAGACCAACCUCUUUUCAACCCAUCAUAGCACAUUCAAGGUGUGCCUUUUACUUCUACUUGUACAUCCCCCAUCCCUUCAAUUCUUUCAUUCCCUGACCAGUGAGCGAGUUCCUCGGGGAAGUGUGAAUAAACUGACAUGCAAGCUUCAGAA